AUGGCAAGCACCGGACUCCAAGCCAAGCUUCGUGCACUUCCUGUUCUAGAAGGAGCAUCGUACCCAAAAACAGAAUUCGCUUCGUUCCCCGAAACCCCUCACCAAGCAUUCGACACAUGGCUCGACGAAGCUAUCACAGCAAAUGUCCCAGAACCUCACGCCGUCACGCUCUCAACAGUCGAUGAACAAGGCCACCCCGAUGCCCGCGUUCUAAUCCUCAAAAACGUCGAUCACCGCGGCUGGCACUUCGCCAUAAAAGCCAACAGCCCCAAAGGCCGACAAAUCUCAGCAAACAAUAACGUCGCUCUCACCUUCUACUGGCCCAAAAUCGGACGACAAAUCCGUCUACGAGGAAAAGCAAAUGCUCUGUCUAGAAGUGAGUGUGAUCAGGAUUGGACGGCUCGAUCGGCUAUGGCCAAGAUCACUGCCAAGGUGUCGAGGCAGAGCGAACCACUUAAUGACCCGCAUGAACUGGAAGCCAAGAUGGCGGAAGCCGUUAAAAGUCAUAAGAUUGAGGGACAAGAGCCAAGUUCUGAGGGAUGGAUGGUUUAUGCGGUUGCUCCGCAGACGGUUGAGUUCUGGCAAGCUUCUAGUGAUCGUCUGCAUCAGCGAUUGAGCUACAAUUGGGAUCUUGCGCAAAGCACAUGGAACAAAGAAGCUCUUUGGCCAUAA